CGCGCGUGUAUCGACGUCGUCAAGGAAAUAGCUAAGUUAGCGCUUCCGGGUUGCAGGGAACCUUCCGGGUCGGUCUCCACGUGAAUCUGAAGAUGGUCCGAGGAGAUGCUGAAGACAUGGUAGAGGAGAAAAUGGAAAAAUUGAAGAAGAAGAAAAAGAAGGAGAGGGGGGAGGAGGAGACCCUUAAAGAUGGACAACAGGUUAAAAUGAAAAACAUCAGCAAAAAGGAAGGGAUAGAGCAAAUGUUGACGUGUGCCUCUCACGAUGCAGAGAAGGCCGCUGCAGGAAAUGACCUUAAUGGCAAAGUAAGAGGAAAUAAGAAGGAAAGGAAAGAGGCAGCAGUAUCUUUGCAGGAGGAAGAGUGUGACUCGACUCUGGUGGACGUGGAGGAAACGGACAAGGGAAAAUGUAAUGAAGGUGAGAAAACAUCACAGACCUCAGCUGAGGAGCCAGUUAUGGAAAAGAAGAGAAAGGCUCAGAAAUUAAAGCGCUUUAAUGAGUUUGAAGAGGGAGGGGGGGGGGGAGAAGAUGAGGGCUGGUGUGCUGGGUGAUGGGGGCUCAGAGUCCAAGACUGCAGAAGAGGGAAAAGUAGAAAGACAGAAGAAGAUAAAGAAGGUAAAAACAGCAGGGGAGGGCCUCCCCCCCAGCACUGAGCAUGGCCAGGGGGCGGGAGCGCGGGUCGCCAAAAAGAGGAGUAAGAAAGUCAGAGUUGAGGCCAAUAAUAGGGAGGAGAAAAGGGAUGAAAUAACCAGUGGAGGCGCAGGGAGCCCUGAGGAUAAGGAAGGAGCAGAUGGGAGUGGAGUACUAAUGUCUGAGAAGAUGAGGAAGUACCAAAAAACCAAGAAGGUGAAGACCAUGGGGGCUGCAGCAGAUCUGGGCAAUGGCCACAUGGACACUGCUGAGGGAGAAGAGGAAAAGAUUACAGAGAAAGCUCUGGAAAAGGAGAGGAAGAAGAAGAAGGUUCCUGUCCAGGAGAGCAGAACUGGCAUGGGAGCUGGAGGAGAAGGUGAGGAUGGGAAUAAAGGCAUUGCUGGGGUGGAGGAGCCACAGGAGGGUAAUGCAGAGAAGAAGCAACUGAAAAAGAAAAAUGCAGGAGUCACUGGGCCGAGGGAAGGAGAGAAGGACAAGAGGGGCAAAAAGGGAGUGAUGAAGGGGGAAGGAAAGAGGGAGAAGGGGGAAGCACAGCCUGUAGAGGAGGAUGUGACCGCAAAUAUGCAGGAGGAAGAGGAAGAGAGGAUGAAGAAGAAGAAGAAAAGGAAAGCCCAGGCUGGAGAUGAGGAUGUGGCUGUCAGUGUUCAGGAGGAGGAGGAAGAGAGGAUGAAGAAAAAGAAGAAAAGGAAAACCCAGGCUGGAGAUGAGGAUGUGGCUGUCAGUGUUCAGGAGGAGGAGGAAGAGAGGAUGAAGAAAAAGAAGAAAAAGAAAACCCAGGCUGGAGAUGAGGAUGUGGCUGUCAGUGUUCAGGAGGAGGAGGAAGAGAGGAUGAAGAAAAAGAAGAAAAGGAAAGCCCAGGCUGGAGAUGAGGAUGUGGCUGUCGGUGUUCAGGAGGAGGAGGAAGAGAGGAUGAAGAAAAAGAAGAAAAGGAAAACCCAGGCUGGAGAUGAGGAUGUGGCUGUCAGUGUUCAGGAGGAGGAGGAAGAGAGGAUGAAGAAAAAGAAGAAAAGGAAAGCCCAGGCUGGAGAUGAGGAUGUGGCUGUCGGUGUUCAGGAGGAGGAGGAAGAGAGGAUGAAGAAUAAGAAGAAAAGGAAAACCCAGGCUGGAGAUGAGGAUGUGGCUGUCAGUGUUCAGGAGGAGGAGGAAGAGAGGAUGAAGAAUAAGAAGAAAAGGAAAGCACCGGCUAAAGCGGGUGACAUAGCUGUGGUCAUACAAGAGACAAAGAAGGAACCAAAUGAGAAGGAGAGAGUUCAUACAGGUAGUGAUGAGGGACAGUCUGGCAGCCAAGAAAUAGCGCCAUCCAAAGGAAGGAGAAAGAAGAGUGAAGGAGGACAAGAGGCGAAGACAAGUAGCGAGGGGAGUGCUGUGACGGAGGACCAGGAGCGAGGCAUCUUAACGAGAAAACAAAGGAAGAACAGGAGGAAGUCAGACGGGGACAAGCUGGCAUGUGAGGACAGCAUGCAGACAAACCAGGGGGAGACAGCCAUAACGUCACAGGGCAGAAGAAAGCAGAGGGAAGGAACUCCCACAGAAGAGGUGGAUGUGGUGUUUCUAUCAGAAAAGAUGGGCAAUAAAGAUGAAGUCACCAUUGACCAGGAACGACGACAAGCCUUGCAGAAUGAAAUUGAUAAGGCAUCCUGUCCCAGUGGGACGCAGAUGCUUGGACAGUGGGGUUCCGCCCACUUUGAGAAUGCCAGCCAGCAGCAGAAGUUCCUGAGACUCAUGGGUGGGUUCAAGAAAGGCAAUAAGCCAAUAGGGUCUGAGGAGGGGCGGGCCAACAUGGCGCUGGGGAAGGAAGGACAGCAGCGCUUGCAACAGGACCUCCUGGUGGAAUUUGAGCGAGCACAGAGCCGCCGGAUGGACUUCCAGAACAAGGGGGUGGGCCUCGGCUUCUCCCCUCAGUCUAAUAAAAAGUUCUUCAUUGAUGUCAAUGCUAGUCGGUCUGUACGGUUUGAUGACUGAACCCAGGACCAGACAGGACAAACGGACAGGUCUCUGUGUGACAUCAUGCUUCCUAUUCUGGAGCACGGGCUGGAGAUGUCAGCCUCGUACUGGGUACCAGAGGAAGAGGCCUCAAGGCACACUUAUGUAUUGAAUUUUUCUAUAAAGUGUUUUUUUAAAAAACCAUG